CGGCACACACACCGCUCGGGGUGUGCGUGCGUCCGGUCGCGCACCGUCCGCUGUCGGCUCAACCCUCGCCUCUGAGCCGCCAAUGGGGCUGUCUGUGUGCCUGCGGCUGGCCUGGCUGGUCGCGGCGGCGGCGGCGGUGUACUCGCAGUACGAGGGUCCCCAGGAGCCGGACGAGCCGUGCCAGGACGUGACGGCCGAGUUCAACCGGCUGACCGAGCCGCUGCCGGCCGGCCGGCUGCCCCGUGCUGACCUGCAGCUCAUGACUGCUGACACGGACAACGAGAACUGGUGCCGCAACAUGUGCCAGGCCCGUCCGUCCUGUCGAAGCGUGGCGUUCAGUCGCGGGUCGGCCGAGUGCCGUCUGUUCCAGGUGCCAGCCACGCUUGACAACACAGAGGCCGCCGAUGGAGACUGGCUGCUCGUGAACCGCAUGUCUCAGGGUCAGUCCGCUUUGGCCCCUGGCCCUACCCGACCCUGCAUCAGUCCGCUCUGGCCCCUGGCCCCUACCCGACCCUGCAUCAGUCCGCUGUGGCCCCUACCCGACCCUGCAUCAGUCCGCUCUGGCCCCUACCCGACCCUGCAUCAGUCCGCUCUGCUACCUACCCGACCCUGCACGCUCCCGAAUCAGUCACCGGUGGUGGUGGACGUCUCUGCCCUGACGCGCGGCGUGCGUCUGCUCAGUGUGGAGCCGGCCGCGUUCCGCGUGCUCGAGGACCGCCCGCUACGCGCCCAGCUGCUCGACACCCGCCUCUACACGUUACAGAAACAGGAGCCGGCGCGCGCCGUCCGCGCCAUCAGAGAGUGCUUCCGCACGCAGUGGCUCGACCAGUGA